ACGCGCCCGCCAUUUGCUUCCGUACCCGACGUCCUCGCCGACGUUCCCCUCACGAGUCCGACCCGGCCGCGCGCCGCCCUAAUCCUCAACCUAUAUGUUCCCGCCUCCACCCCCACUUCGCCCCUCCGACCGGCCCACCUGAGUCGUGACAUAUAUCCACAGACAAGGAGCGGAGCCUUGCUUAAGCUGCAACAGAUCGGACCCAGCGGCAAACGCGAUGGACGGAGCAUCCGGCGACGUCAAGCCGGCGAUCCUGCGGCGCGCGGCUGUUGGCGGCGGUGCUGGUGUCGGGAGCGGUGGUGCGCCGUCCGCGCUCCUGCGGGGGUGGCGGGAGUUCAGGCGGAGUGGCGCGCCGGUGAGGUUCCUCUGCUUCGAGGAGGGAGGGUGGGUCCACGUAUCCUGCGAGGCGGCAGCGCAGCUUAGGCAUGCGUUCCAGGAAAGGAUGGCGCUCGCCGAGGCUGCCUACGGGGGCAGGGCGUUCCUGUUCGACUUCCUGCGGAUGGUGCGGAUCGACGCGGCCACCGCCGAGGAGGCCGCGCUGGGGUGGAUCGACGAUCGCGGGGCGUGCUUCUUCCCGCCCCCCGACAGCGGGAGGAAGCGGAAGAGGGACGACACGGGGGAGGAGGACGAGGCGCAGUCUUCGUCGGGGGUGGAGGAGCGGUCCGGGGAGAGCCGCGGGGCGGCGUGGUCCGACGGGACCGGGAAGAAGAAAAAGGCGCGCGGGGCUUGGGGGAAGGCGUUGAGGCUGGAGGAGAACAAUAGGUACCACCAGGUGGUCAGCAAGCUGUUUCUAAGCUACGGGAUGGCACCCCGCGGAGCGGUGAUCACGGCGGUGUGCAAGGUCGCGCAUGGGACGCGGGCCACGGCGUUCCAGCAGCAGGGUCAGCUCCUCGCCGCGGCGCGCGGCGCCGGCGCGGGCAGCGCCAAGUUCGCGUGGUACGGCGCGCCGGCGGAGGACGUGGCUGCCGCGGCGGAGCACGGGUUCGCGAGGGUCAACGCGCUGCUGCUCGGCGCAAGCGCGCACGGAGACGGCAUGCACCUCGCGCCGCCGCAGUGCCCCUACACGAGUGCGAUGCUGGCGAAGGCAGACGAGACCGGCGAGGCGCACAUCGUGCUGUGCCGCGUGCUGAUUGGCCGGCCGGAGGCUGUCCCAGCAGGGUCCUCCCAGUCCCGCCCCAGCAGCGAUGACUACGACAGCGCCGUCGACAAUAUGGUGAAUCCACAGUGGUACAUUGUGUGGAGCAAGGACAUGAACACAAGGAUCCUCCCAGAGUACGUGGUCAGCUUCAAGUGCCCCAAGCUGCAGAUGCAAGGGUCCUCGGAAGCGACCUCGAAGCUGAAGAAGCUUUCACCUGUGGCUCGCGACAUGUUUCCGACGCUUCUAGCAGAGAUCCAGAAAUUUGUGCCAUCCCACAAGUGUCAGACUCUGCAGGGAACUUACAACUGCUUCAAGAGGGGGCAAAUGAAGAAAGACCAGUUCAUCCGGUUCCUCCGCAAUUACAUCGGCGACAAAGUGCUUACCACCGUGGCGAAGAAACUACGAGGAUACUAAUGUGUGGCGCAAGGUUAUUCCCUUCCUGAUUUUGUCGUCGUCGUCGUGGUUCUCCGGUGUGAUUGAGCAACUCCAGAGAAUCAAGCAGCUGGGGCGGACCCACCAUGAUGCAAGGAUAUUCGGUUGAAUACCUAACUUUUUUGCAAAAAAAAUAAGUAUAUAGGAGCUAUACUAUGUAUAUAUAUAUUUAGUUAGGUCAGCUUACUUGUUUCCUGUUUUAAUCUAUCAGACCAUCCAGCAAAACCUGUGCUCAAACUAACAUCCAUCCUCCACUCAGCAUAUUAACUGAAAAGAGCUCACCUUCUUAUACCACAGUAGUAAGCAUCAUGAGCUCAUGAUCUCCAUAGUGUGACUGCCCAGUUCGGCAGUCGGUAGUUGAGCGUGAAUUUUUUGUGUAAGUUAAGGAUAGUAACAUCAUUAAACGCUUCCGUGCUAUGAAGGAAUACAAAGUUAAAUUGUAAUUUUCUUUAAGUACUUUGUAAUUUCUCUUAAUUAGUUGAAACUUC